CUAAAUAUUAUAACGUUAAAACUCAAACAAAAUGUCGGCUUACGACGAACGGGGCCGAUUUGCGGUUUUAAAGAAAAGUUAUAAUUUUGGAAUUCAACAUUAUAAUUCGGUAUAUUUUGUUUAAUAUUAAGUGUACAUUAAAUUUUGAAGGGUGUGUGUAUAUAUGUACAAUAGUUGUUAAUAUGUUUAAAUACAAUGUAUCUUUAUUUCAGUGUUAGUAUAUAUUUAUUUUAUUGACCUGUUUCGCGUAUGAUUUUUCCUUCUUGUGUUGUAUGGUGUUGAAUGUUGUGAUUGUGGGGGAUAUGCUCUCCGAGUUAUUCUCCAAGUGAUUGUUGAAUUGUUGUUCUCACUGUUCACUUUCCUUUUGGUGUAGUAAAUUUGUGUUUUUAAUAUUUGAUUUAUUUCACUGUGUGUUGAGUUUAUGUGUUUUUGAUUUGUUCACUUCUAAAAAAGCGCGGGUGUAUUGUUCGGGUCCUUCCAAUGAUGUCUUUUUUUCUUCGUGUAAUGUUGUGUUGUAAAAAUUAGUGAAGUUGGUUUCGGUCGGUUUAUCUCCUUUGCAUUACUGUUCUAUUACUUUUCGGAGUAAUUGAAAGUAAUGCAGAGGAGUUUUUUGUUUGCACUAAACAUUCUGGCCGCCUUGCAGUAUCUGCGAAAUAAGUGGGAUUAGUGGGGUAUACCUGAUAGAGUUCAAUGUGAGUAAUGAUGGUGAAUUGAAUGAUAAUACUUAGGUUUAUUCGCUAUUAUAGAGUUCCAGUGAGGGUCCAGCCGUAGGCUGUAUUUUGUGCUACCACCGUACUAUUAUCGGGGAUAUACAAUCCGCUUCGGAUGAUAUGUGGGUAUAUAUCCGCUCCAAUUUCUAUCAUUAGUUCUCCGUUGUUGUAAAAAUAAGGGUCAGCGAGGACUAAGUGAUCAAACCGUGUUUGAACAUCGUCACUUAAGUCCUGCUCAUAGGGUUUUUUGGGUAACUGCUGCGUGAUAAUAGAGUUGCACUCCGAGCGAAACUUGUCAUCGCUGAUUGAUCCAAUUUGAGUGUUACAGAUACGAUAUGUGUUUAGGUAUAUGAUAGGUAGUUUCAAUUUUUUAACUAGAUCGGCCGCUAUAUUUGUUAUUUUGAGGGUCGGGUUUAAGAUGGCUCGAACUUUGUGCCACAUACCAUCGCAUUUCAAACGGAUAAUCGUUGUGGGUAUUAGUGUUUGUUUAGCCAGUAAGGAUGGUAAUCGGGUUUCUAUUGGAGAUCUUGUUUUCUUAACGACUUUUACUUCGUUAGCUGUGUAUAACCUUGUGUGACCAUGUAGGGUUGUAUGGUGCUUCCCAUUGCAAGUGGAGCAUCGGUUCUUACUGGUGCAUCCUUCCGUUCUAUGGGAUCUGGCUAAACAAUUAACACAAUAGCGGUGUUUGAUCACAGCUUCGUACUUUUUGUAUAUGUUAACCGACAAGUACAUGGUACAAGUGGCUAACCGGUGAUCCUUUUUACAUAAUCCGCAAGCAAUAUGACGAUGAGUUGUUCGUCGGUGGGUUAUGUCAUGGGUUCCUUUGGGAUGUUCUCCACCUCUCCAAAGCCUGUGAGUAGAUACUUCGGGUUGAUUGUGUUAUGAAAUGCUGCUAUUGAUGAGUUUUGGUAGGGUUGAGUUAUGAGUCCGGAUAAUCCAUCCAAAUUCUGUCUCUUGGGCUAAGAGCGAGCCUAGAAUGUUUCGUUUUACUCCACCUAGUAGGAUAUUUGGAUAGAUAUCACUACCAAUUAAUAUAUCCACGGGUCUCGGUUUGUGGAAUUGGGUAUCCGCUAGUGUGAAGCCAAGAUUCUUUAGAGUUAGAUUUGGGUUUAUUUGGUAUGUGGGUACAUUAUCGGCCAAGCUAUUCAUAAUGAAUGCUUGAGUCGAUAUUUUGUAAUUUGUCUUUACGGGUGAACAAAGGGUUAUAUUGCAAGUUUUCCUGGGUGUUGCUAAAACCGUGUUGGUUAUUCCUGUCACUUGGGCUGAUACAGGGUGAGUGGGUAUAUCCAGACUUCGUUGAAGUCUUUCAGAUAUAAAUGUAGCCUCUGAUCCUGAAUCAAUUAGUGCUCUUGCGGAAUAUCGUUGGCCUUUAUGUUCUAUCUGAACCAUUGCAGUACCCAAUAAUGUUUGCUUCCUACUUCGGUUGAGAGGGUAUUGAGAUGUUUGAGUGGACUGUAUAGUAGUAGUAUAAGCUUGCUGUGUUGUGUUCUGGGUGGGUAUUGCGGUAUCAGGAGUUGAACUGGUUAUUCUUGGAGUCUCCGGGGUGGAUUCAGGUCUAGAGUUAUAUUCUUUGUGUAUCAGUGUAUUAUGUCCUUUUUGACAUUUGCGACAAGUGUUUUUACUCAUGCAGUUCUUGUAACUGUGUGAUAAAGCUAAGCAGUUGUAGCAAUAUCCGUACCUUUUAAUUGUGGUUAUACGGGUCUCAACUUUCAUUGCUAGGAAUUGGGGGCAUUCACGAAUCGAGUGAUGCUUACUGCAAAGUUUGCAACCUUCUGCUUCCGGGUGGGGUUGAGAUGAACUGUUUUGAUAGUUUGAAGUUCUAUCUCUCGGGUUAUAUCUUUUUUUCAGGGACCGGAAAUAAGAGUUAUUUUACAAUUUUUAAUAAAAAAAAUCAAUCAAAUCUUCCCAAUACCGGGCCACCUUGGGAAGUAACUGUGGCCUUACCGCGCUACGGGGCGCUGGCGCGGCGGACUUCUAGAUUCCCCAUCAGAAACUUAGACCGCGAUUCAAAUUCCGGCGGAUGGUUGCCCAGGGGGGUAUGACGACCCCAUGAGAGCUGGUAUGAGCGGGGCCAGCGUAAAGUGGUACCUCAGGCAUCUGAGUAACGGUAAAUCCCCAAGUGAAGCCAGAGCGCUCACUCUGGAGAGAGACAGAGAUGUUUCGGAGACUGGCAGUGGGAAGUCCCAUAACAGUAAGACAUCCAGUACAGGAGCACCCGCGCCCGCUGUAAAGCGGAGAAGUGGGCAUAUCACGCCAAAUGAGCCGCUGAACAAGCGGCACAAGGCGCACUCGCAAGGUCCUUCAGCCAGAGGAAGGCAUGGAGAGGUACAGGUUGGUGGCACUACGGAGGGUGGCCGCUACUCUGAUGCCGUCAAGAGCAUCAGGAUUGCGGUCCUUCCGCGUAACUACCCUGAGGAAGCUAUGGAUGCCAAAAUGCUAACCACCCUUCAGGAGGUAAUAAUGGAUGAAGUGCUCAAGGGUUGGAAACAUUCUCUGACGUUCUCGGGCAUUUUCUUCCGAUCAGGACUACUGCUGAUCGACUGCAUAGAUGAGCAAACCGCAUCCUGGCUGUCGGAGACUGCUCCGCGCCUACAAGGAUGGACUGGGCCAUCACUAUGCACCAGGCGAGGAGAUGACAUACCGAGCACUUACAAUAUGACGGUAUUUCUCCCUAGAUGUGCCGGCAAGACUUCCGAAUAUGUGUUCGGACUGCUGAAAGCACAAAACGAGGGCCUAAGUACCUCGGCCUGGAGGGUCAUCAGCGACAAAUAUGAGGAAGGGGGGCUCCGACUGAACAUCGGCAUCGACGAUCAGUCCUAUGCAAUAAUUCGCAAAAAAGGAUACCGACUGUACUUCAGAUACAGUACGAUUGUGAUACGGCCCUGGAACAAAAAGGGUACAGAGUCGAAGGAUGACAAAACCAAAACGGUUGCCGAGGUCAGUGCUCCGCCCGUUGCGUCAUCUAGCCUUGGUUGCGCUGCACCAGGUAAUCCGGAGGAGCAGUCCGAGGGGAGUGACCAGAACGCACUGCCAACCACCCAAGAGCUCUUGAACGGACUUGCUCCGGAGGCCAUGCAGGUCGACAAGAACUGCGAGGAGAGAGAGGGCAAGCAGGUAAACGACACCUGCGUGGAGAAGGAACCACUCCUGGAGGAGCCGGUUCUAUGAUCCCAGCCCUCAUGUCGAUAGCCCAAGUGAACCUGCACAGAGCUAAGGCAGCCUCGGCUGUCAUCUCCAACAGGUUCAUCUCGGAUAACUUGGGUGCCCUCCUAAUACAGGAACCAUGGGCUUUUAGAGGAGAGGUUAAGGGCCUCACAGACUACAACAGGAAGGUAAUUUGGGAUCUCUCAUGUGAAAGACCCAGGGCCUGUGUGGCCAUAAGAAAAGAUAUUGACUUCUUUUGUCUUUCAGAGUUCCUAACAAGAGACCUCGUAGCAGUGCAGGCUAGCUGCGCAGCGAGUGAGGUGGUCUUUGCUUCAGCCUACUUCCCGGGAGACUCGUCCGUGGCGCCGCCGGCUGAAGUACAGAGGCUGGUCGAUUACUGCAACUCGGCAAAUCUUGCCUUGAUACUAGGCUGUGAUGCGAACGCACAUCAUUGGGAAUGGGGGAGCAGUGACUGCAACACGAGAGGUGAGUCCUUAUUAGAGUUUAUAGUUGAGUGCAACCUAGAAAUAAGCAAUGUGGGUUGUCAGCCAACAUUCGUCACUAGGGCUAGGGAAGAGGUACUUGAUGUGACCCUUAGCAACCACCCUGCGAAUGGUCUGGUCUCUCAGUGGAGAGUCUCCACUGAACCUUCUUUAUCAGACCAUAGGAUCAUUCGUUUUGAGGUGGGUGUAGAUGUUGGGAACCAACCUUCGGUACGGAACCCUAGGAAUAUAGACUGGUACAAGUAUGACGAAAUACUUAGACUAAACGUUUUAAAAAUUGUGCAAAACGGAGGUGAAAACAAUUGUCAAGCGAUCGAGGAUAGGUCAGAACUCAUUGAGAGCAUUGUUACAGAUGCGUUUCACGAGAGCUGCCCAGUGACCCGCCCAAGACCAAAAAACAGAAAUCCAUGGUGGUCCAAGAGACUUUCAUCACUAAGGAAAUCAGUGCGUCGACUUUUUAACAAAGCUAAACGCACUGGAGACUGGAAUGAAUACAGGACAAGCCUUACUGAAUACAGCAAGGAAAUUAGAAUCGCUAAAAGAGAUAACUUCAGGAAGUUCUGUGAAAACGUCUCUACAACCCCUGCAGCAGCCAGGCUCCACAAAGCCCUAGCCAAGGGAGCGAUAGAGACGAAGUUAGCUAUCAGGAAGCCUGAUGGUACGUACACGACUAGUUUGGAGGAAAGGGCGAGACUUCUACUUCAGACGCACUUUCCGGGUGCGAUCUCUACGGAGCAGUUAGUCCCUAUGGAGAACCACAAACCAGGCCCAACUGACUGGAAGAUGGCCAAGGAAAUCUUUCAUGCAGACUCUGUAAGGUGGGCCUUGGGAAACUUUAAGAGGUAUAAAUCACCAGGAGUGGAUGGUAUCUUUCCAGCGCUACUCCAAUAUGGUCAGGAACAUAUCCUCAUUCACCUUGUUAGGCUGAUGAGAGAUAGUUUGGCACAUGCCUAUAUCCCGAAAAAAUGGAGAACUGCACUAGUUGUCUUCAUACCGAAAGUAGGAAGGAGGGACUACUCCUUGGCUAAAUCCUACAGGCCGAUCAGUCUUACCUCUUUUCUGUUGAAGGGGAUGGAGAAGAUCGUGGACAACUAUAUCAGAACUGUGGCAUUAGAGCACUACCCCCUGCACGCAAGCCAGCAUGCAUAUAGGGUUGGCAGAUCUACAGACACUGCCCUGUACAGCUUAGUGACAGAGAUAGAAAAUGCUCUGGAAAAUGGGGAAGUGGUAUUGUGUGCCUUUCUAGAUAUAGAAGGCGCGUUUGACAAUACUUCCCACUCAUGUGUCACCAGAGCACUACACAGGAGGCGGAUCGAGGAUUCGAUUAUAAGAUGGGUAGACGCAGUCCUUGGCACAAGAGUUGCGGAAACUCGGAUAGGCACUAACAGCAUACGACUGGGCACAACUAAGGGAUGCCCUCAAGGUGGUGUACUAUCGCCGCUUUUGUGGAGCCUAGUCGUGGAUGAGCUUUUGGAGAUAUUGACAGAGAACGGCAUACGAUGUCAGGGACACGCGGACGAUAUCGUAAUUAUAGCCAGAGGUAAAUUUGAGAGCACACUUGGAGACAUUGUCCGGAGAGGAUUAACCCUCGCUAAGAGGUGGUGCGUUAAGGUCGGACUUAACAUCAAUCCCUCCAAAACGGCCAUUAUCCCCUUUACAAGGAGAAGAACACUCCCAGCCCUAGGUACUAUUACCAUGGGCGGGCAACCAGUAGCCAGGGUGGAGGAAAUAAAGUAUCUAGGACUAAUACUAGAUUCAAAACUUAGGUGGAAGAAACAUGUGGACUCCGCGGUUGCUAAGGCCACCAAAGCGCUGAUGGCGUGCAAACGAUUAGCAGGAAAAACCUGGGGUUGCAACCCGUACAUACUGCGAUGGAUGUACACCACGAUCAUCAGGCCCAUAAUCUCUUAUGGAGCGGUGGCUUGGAUAUCUAGGAUCUCCCUGUCAACAGCAGAGAAACAGUUGACAAAACUGCAGCGGUUGGCCAUGAUGAUUGGCUCUACGGCAAACAGUACCUUACUGUCCCUGACGAGACCAGGACCAGGAAACAGCAGGAUGGUAAACGCCCGACAAUUGGAAAC